CUUCCGGGUGAUGGCGCCCGGCGCCCCGGAUGUAGCCUUGGUGAAAGUCUCUCUUUUUCUUCCCCCACGGCCUCCCGUGGAUCCUGAGCCCAGGGAAGGCUCUUCAGUCCAGUCAUGCCAAAGAGGAAAGUGACCUUCCAAGGUGUGGGAGAUGAGGAUGAUGAGGAUGAAAUCAGUGUUCCCAAGAAGAAGCCAGUGGAUCCUGUGGCUGGGGCAGGGGGUCCUGGGAGCCGCUUCAAAGGCAAACACUCUUUGGACAGUGAUGAGGAGGAUGAUGAUGAAGAGGAGGGGUCCAGCAAAUAUGAUAUCUUGGCUUCGGAGGAUGUGGAAGGUCAGGAAGCAGCCACGCUCCCCAGUGAGGGAGGUGUGCGGAUCACACCCUUCAACCUGCAGGAGGAGAUGGAGGAAGGCCACUUUGAUGCUGAUGGCAAUUACUUCCUGAACCGGGAUGCUCAGAUCCGAGACAGCUGGCUAGACAACAUUGACUGGGUGAAAAUCAGGGAGCGGCCACCUGAUCAGCGCCCACCGUCCGACUCAGAGGAAGAGGACAGCCUGGGCCAGACACCAAUGAGUGCCCAAGCCCUUCUGGAGGGCCUUCUGGAGCUGCUGUUGCCAAGAGAGACCGUAGCUGGCGCACUGAGGCGUCUGGGGGCCAGAGGAGGAGGCAAAGGGGGCAGCAAAGGGGGUGGGCGGCCCAGUUCCCCCCAGCGCUUGGAUCGGCUCUCUGGGUUGGCCGACCAGAUGGUGGCCCGGGGUAACCUUGGCGUGUAUCAGGAGACAAGGGAACGAUUAGCCAUGCGGCUGAAGGGGUUGGGGUCCCGGACCCAGGGACCCCCUGAGCCCACACCCCCUCCCUCUCUGGACAUGUUUGCUGAAGAAGUGGCAGAGGGGGAGCUGGAGACCCCAACUCCUACGCAGAAGGGAGAAGCAGAGUUGCCAGGAGAUGGUCUGGUGGACGUGAUGUGGGAAUAUAAGUGGGAGAACACAGGGGAUGCUGAGCUGUAUGGGCCCUUCACCAGCACCCAGAUGCAGACCUGGGUGAACGAAGGCUACUUCGCAGAUGGUGUUUAUUGCCGGAAGCUGGACCCUCCUGGUGGACAGUUCUACAACUCCAAACGCAUUGACUUUGACCUCUAUACCUGAGCCUGCUGAGGGCCCGGUUUGGUGGCCCCUUCUUUCCUGAACUCUCUGGAGGAGGCCCCAGCUGCCUCAGGCAGUGAGGACUUGAGGGGCCACUUUUCAGUCAAUUUCCCUUUCCCAAUAAAAGCCUUUGGUUA